AUGAUAUCUGCGGAGGUCCCAUUGUCGCCUCCUCAUAGCCCCAAUGUAGAUUCGAAGGUCGAUACUAGUCCCAGGAAUGGAGUGGAAGCUACAUCAACACUGUCAUCAACAAUAUCAACAACAGCAUCGAUACUACACACUGCUGCUGUCGUAUCAAACCAAGGACUGUCCCAAACAGACUUGAAGAGUUUAAGGAAUGUGCUGUCUCUUCUCCAGAAGCAUACGGCUGCUUUUCCCUUCCUUAAACCAGUAGAUCCCGUAGCUGACAAUUGCCCCGACUACCACUCCAUCAUUAAGUACCCAAUGGACUUGUCAACCGUCGAAAAGAAACUCAAUGCAGGCUUAUACAACAGUGUACAGGCUUUCGCUGCUGAUAUCGAACUCAUGUUUAGCAAUUGUUUCCGAUAUAAUCAGAACGAUACGCAUCCUGUAUAUAAACUAGCACAGCAGCUCAGAGUCGCAUUCAACAAUCUGUUGAAUAGCAACUUUCCAACCAUGGUAUCCUCCACCACUCAACCCACAUAUAGUCUAGCACCACCAGCUCCCAUUCACCAUCCACAACACCCACAUCCAAUAUCACAUCCAUCUACAGCUCAUCGUAAAGUACUACCCAACUCGGUCACCGUCAAUAGAACAAAACGAGCUGCCAAACCCAAAACAGAAGAUAAUAAAGCAGCAGGAAUCUAUAAUAUAGAUGAUCCAGAAUCAUUACAUCGUCGUCAAUCAUCAUCUGGCUCACUGGCUUCGUUGACUUCUCUCACUGAUGGAGUCGUGCCCUCAGGAGUAGAGCCCCUCCCACCAAAUGUAAAGAGGCCAUACUCGAAAAGAGCAUCCUCAAUAGACUUUAGUGAUCCAAACAGAAAAAAGAGAAAAUAUAUUAAAAAGGCUGAUAAAAUCAAGCUUGAAAAGGCCGGGAAAGCUGCUGGGAAGGGUGGUAAAAAGAGCAAGGCUGUGCCUGCUCUCGGUGAUGCAUCUCUACAACUACAGCUGCUCACUCAACAGGUCGCCAUGUUUUCAGCCAUGAUGCAACAUACUGUCCAACAAAAUGCCGCAGAAAGUGACUCGUCUGAUAGUGAUUCAUCUAGUAGUGAUGAUGAUGACAAAGAGGAAGCAGAAAACCAUAGUGAAGCAGGUCAACAACAGCAACAACAGUUUGAAGGAUUUACAAAUCCAUACUCAGACGACUCUGGUGCACAAUCACCAGGCUCCAGGGCAUCAUCUGUAGAACCAAAGUACACUACCCGCAGUGCUACUCGAGCUCUGUAUCCCGACGAGGAACCAGUGAAGAAACCGCGUCGUAUAUCACCACCAGCUCCAACCAUAAGGAAUCGUAGGGGCUCGAAAAAAGCAUCUACAGCUUCGAAAAAGAAAUCUACAUCAUCAGCAAACAAGAUUAUAACUAUAAAUGGGCAGAUCGUAGACGCAGCCUUUUUGGCAAAUCUUGCAGAAAGGAUUGGUGAUUUACCUCCGGAAGGCCAAUCUCGUGUGGCUGAUCUCGUCAAGACAUCCAAAUAUGGAUGGUCGAUUGACUUGGCAGGCGAGUUAGAGAUCGACUUUGAUUUAAUCGAAGAACGAGCUCUUACUCGUAUAGAUGAAUACUGCCGCACCAAUGGAGGUAGCAUGCACAACAACAGCAACAAUUAUCAUAAUAAUAGCAAUCAGCAUAGCAAUAUUAGAAGUGAAGUGCAAAGUCAUGGCUCAUACGGCUCAUUCGAUACAUCUGCAUAUAGCGAUAUAUUGCCCAUGACCAUGAUGCCCUUAAUGGGUGACAUGGGAGAUGGCAGUAUGGGAGGAUAUGGAGCUGGAAUGGUUGGCCUUGGGUUUGAUCAACAGUCGGAUGAUGUGGAUCUUGAUAUUUAG